GUGUCUCUCCCCACGUCGGUGCCUUUGUUUCUCUUUGACAGCAGCAGAGCCUUCGCAGAGGAACACUGAACAAACAUUCCUGUCCAAUAAAUUCAACUGAGCUAACCUGUGCAGGACUAUUGCUGGAAGGAUGGCAAACAAGUCUGAUGUAAAGGCCAUCAUGGCCCGCUUUCAGGCAAGCGGAGCAAGCGUCGAUGACUCCACUCCAGUGGGACGUCCAAAAGCACCCCUGCAACCCGUGCUCUCCUCUGGCCCAGCAAUGCAAAAGAAACCUGUUUUGGAGAGCCUGUCAGGCGGUGCAAUAAACUCUCCCUCAAAGCCACCUUUUCUGAAAAGCACACAAUUCACUAAAAGUGACUCAGAUGCACAUGAACCAAGCAAAACUAAAGCGUUGGCAGGAAAAUUUGCCAACUCCAUAGAUGAUACCACCAUCACCAAACCACCAGUUUUUAAUAAAGUACAAACACCCUUGAAACCACCUUUUUCCCAAGCUGCUGAAGCUAAAGUACCUUUGCAUAAACCGCCUUUUAAUAAACCUCCAUUGAACUCCACUAUGCCUGAAACCAAACCUGUGUUUCCAAAGCCGCCUGGUGCACUUAACUCCAAACCAAGCUGGGUCAAAGAAGACAGCGGAGGUGGUGCUGCAACAAACACCAGCCCAAUGCCUCUCAAAAUACCUAACUCACUUCAAAAGCCUUCCAGCAACGUUCUAAAAAUGAAGCAACAGAAUGAAGAUCAGCCAGAAACAAAGACAGACACUGCAAGCAAGUUUCCACCACAAGCAAAGAUUACUCCUAAGCCCACCAAUAACUUCAAGAAUGCUCAAAGUUUGUUCAAUAAGGAAAAGGACCCAUCUGAGCAGUCAGAGAGUGGUGGGGCCAACAAACCAUCUGUCUCUGCCAUGAACUCUGCUUUUCCUCCCAAACCUCCAGCCAACAAAAAGCCAAGCCUGAAGAAGCCGUCCAAAGAUCCUGCCAAGGCUGAUGGUAUUAACGGUGACAUUCCUCCAGGCCUAAAGCGCAACCCUCUCCCCAACAGUUUAGCUUUGGGUCCCCCUCCGGCAAAACCUAAUCGACCUCCCAAAGUAGACCUACAGAGCUUCAAAAGAACCGCAGAGGCCCCUACAGAAGGUGCUGCUUUUAAGAAAUCCACUGUCCCAGCUCCUUUGGCACCUAACCUUAGCAACCAGACACAGAAUGUACCACAGAGUCAAGCACCACCAACGUUACCGCCAGUUCUACCUGCAAGACAUGUAACCACAAACCAGUCAGAUGAUACCCCUCCUCCUCCUCCUCCUGUGUUCAGCCAUCCGAGUCAGAGGGCAAAGGAGGAACUUGAUGACGAUGAAGAAAUGUAUGAAGAUCUGGAUGAUCGAUGGGAAGAGGCAAACCAAGAGAAAAAGAAAGACGAUAAAGAGGAGAAAAAGCGACUGGAGGCGGCAAAGAAGGAACAGAAGGAGCGCGAAAAGAAAGAACAAGAAGCCAAGAAGAAGUUUAAAAUAGAUUCCAUGGAGGUCAUUCAGAAAGGAAAAGCUAUCACAGAUUGCAAAGGCAGCAAAAUGGAUCUGGCUGUGAAGCAGGGAGACCAACUGGAUAUCAUCCGUGUUGGGGGGAACCCGGAGGGGAAGUGGUUGGCACGGUCAGCAGAUGGAUCAUUUGGCUAUGUCAAAACAACCUCAGUGGAAAUUGACUUUAACUCCUUAAAGAACCGGCCUGCUCAGCCAGAAUUUGAACCUGAAAUCUAUGAUGACAUCGACGUAUCGCCAGACACUGGCAGUGCCAAAGGACCUGCAGUUGUCCUACCUCCCCCACCAGGUGAAGAUGGUGAAAUAUAUGAUGAUGUAGUUGAUCCACAUCUGGAAGUCAGUUCCUUUGAAAACCAGCCCUCACCCGCGAGGAACCGCAGCUUCCUGCGGAUCUUUGACCGAAACAGACGUUCUCCCAGCUCUAAAGUACUGCCUGCACCUGACCAGUUUGCUGCACCUGGAAAUUCAGAUCGACCUGGAGCACCGAUCGACGAGGAGAUUUAUGAUGAUGUCGACUCUCCAAAUGCACCCCCUCCUCCUCCCAUCAGCAGCCUCCCUGUCAUGAAAGGCAAAAACAAAGCUGAAGACAUGGACCCAAAGAAGCAGAAAAAGUUUGAAAAGGAGGAGAAGGAGUUCAGGAAAAAGUUUAAAUACGAAGGGGAGAUAAAGGUACUGAGCCAGGUGACGAUCACCUCGACACUCAACGUCAAGAAGUGGUCUGGGAAAGACCUGCCAGUGAAAGCAGGGGAGGAACUGGACGUCAUCGUCAAAGCUCAGGGUGACAAACUAAUCUGUCGGAACGAGGAGGGAAAGUUUGGUUAUGUUUCAACCAGCCAUGUGGUCGAUGAUGGCGAAAUCUAUGACGACAUUGGCGGAGAUGACUGCAUCUAUGACAAUGACUGAGAAAAGUUCCGCAGUGGCAUGAAUACUCCGAGACUGUUCACUUGUUAUUAUUGGUUAUUUAUUAUGUUCCUUGGUGGUACUUUGGGAGAUACUGUAUAAAUUGCAGCAAAAUCACAUUUAGUCCUCCUGUUCUAAUUUAUAUUAUAUGUGUUGAAGAUAAUAAUCAUAUGAGAUCCAGAUACAGGAAGAAGUAGAAGCAAGAAGUCAUUUGAACAAUCAAUUGUUUUUUUGCACGUUUGGAUCAUGGAAAAUAAAACAAAAAGAAAAGCAGAAGAGAGGUGAAGUGCAAAACAUCAGUUAGAUCGUCAGUAUUUUAUUGUUUCCUUUUUUUAAUGUUUUCUCCUUUGGUUGACGUUCAAAACUCUACAGCACUGAAUUUUAAAGUUCAUUUUCAUAGUUUUGCUGCACUGUAGAAACAGAAACAGUAUAUUAAUUAUUAACUAAUUAAAUAUUAAGCAUUUCUUGCUUUAUCUGAUAUAUCUGAGAUAUAUUAUUUGUAAAUUUUUUUUCUACUUAAUCCUAAACAGAAAUUCAUUUGCUCAGUAAAUUUAGGUGCCAGAUAGCUUUCGAUGUCCUGUGCAAAUGAUGAAAUGCAUUGUUCGUUUUCAUAUUUUUACAUCUAAAGUAAAAAUCUAAAGUACAUCUAAAGUGCUAUUAUGAAGACACUGACAUGUUGAAAUGAGUAGCACUUUUGGUUAUCCAAAUAAAAUAAAACCUAGGCCUCUGUCACACCUGUGUAUGCUUAUAACAUCUGGAAAUAUUAGGAAUGGAGGCAUUAUCUUGUCCUUAAAGGAACCUCUGUGUCAUCCAGUGGCAAACACAGGUAACUACAGCCUUCAUCAGCAUGUCCAAAUGUUUCUAAUUCUUCUUAUGAGUAGGAAAACAUGUAUUGCUGUUAUGUAUUGUUAUCUACUCUUCUUGCACAAACAACUGCUGACUUACACAUUUACUCUCAGAAUAAUGUGAAACAUUAAGUGCAAAGUUAAUAUCCUUGCAGGCUUGUACUAACAUGUUCAAAAUAAAGCAGAAUUUGUCUC